GAUUUCUGUUAAGCUUUUACGAUAUCUUACUUACUAAAUCAUUCAGUCACAAUCUUUAAAUGUUGCGUUAUUACUGCACCUUACCCAUAAUCUGAACACGGAACCGAAGCACCACCUACCUCUGAACGACACGCGGAGCAGGCGUUUGCUGCAGGGAUGUCGCCUCUUCUCACGCGGAAAAUAGUCCUUUCUUGUCGGGAGAACAAAUUCACCAUGGCUUUGAACCUGAUAUUUCCAUAAGAAUGAAAGUGAGACGUUCUCUGUGGGGAAGAAAGAAGUUCCUCCCCUGGCUGUCGCUGCUGGGGGUCCUGUGCGGCUGCAGCUACUUGGCUCACUAUCUCCGUGGCCCGCUGCCGUGCCGCGCCCCGACCUUCUGCAAGUACAACGUGAGCUGCUCGGCCGUGUACGACCUGCACCCGGAGGAGUUGGAGAGGUCGCUGGUGAUCAGGAGGAAGGAAGUGGCGGAGGACCGGGAUGAGACCCUGCGCGACCUCACGGCCGACUGCUCGCUCUUCCUUCGGCUCAGAGGCUACGACGACGUGUGCGCCACCGAGCAGGAGACACACUUCCAACUGGCGUACUCGCUGGUGGUGCACAAGUCUGCCUGGAUGGUGGAGCGGCUGAUCAGGACGCUGUACUCGCAGAGUAACGUCUUCUGCAUCCACUACGACCGAAAGUCCUCCGCUACGUUUGGGUCGGCGAUGGAAGGUUUAGCUCGCUGCUUGCCCAACGUCUUCAUCGCCUCCAAGCGCGAGUACGUCAUUUACGCCGGCAUCAGUCGCCUGCAAGCCGACCUCAACUGCCUCUCCGACCUCCUGGAGGUGGACCUCCCCUGGAAGUACGUCAUCAACCUCUGCGGGCAGGACUUCCCCCUGAGGACCAACAUGGAGCUGGUGUCAGAGCUGGCCGGCCUUAGAGGCGCCAACAUGCUGGAGACGUGCCGACCCAGCAAGUACAAGAAGUGGAGGUUCACCUACCACCACAAGCAGAAGAACUGGGAUACGCCACAGAUAACGUGGCUGGCCAAGAGCGCCCCGCCUCACGGCAUCGAGAUGUUCACUGGCAGCGCCUACUUCGUGCUCUCGCGUGAAUUUGUUGUCUACAUCAACUCCUCCGUCGUGGUCAAAGACUUUCUGGCCUGGUCUAAGGACACGUACUCGCCCGACGAACACUUCUGGGCCACACUGGUGAGGCUGCCGGGCGCACCGGGCGAGGUGCCCAGGGGCGAGCCGGACAUCACCGACCUGAUGAGCAAGACCCGUGCGGUCAAGUGGCAAUUCCACGAGAAGAAGCUCUUUUACCCGCCCUGCACGGGGAAGCACGUCCGCGGCGUUUGCAUCUACGGCGCGGCCGAAGUGCGCUGGUUGCUCGACAGCAGCUGUUGGUUCGCCAACAAGUUUGACCCCAACGUGGACCCGGUGGCCUACCAGUGCCUGGAGGAGAUACUGCAGGAAAGGCAAAAGUUCUUACAAUCAAACGCAACGUCCAUUUUUGACUAAUGAAUUUUUACGCCACAAAAGAAGCACAAGUGACUCCUUUGGUGUCCCACAGGGAUCAAUCUGCAGCCCACCGUUGAUUUUCCCUCAUUUCCUUCAUCAUCACUCACAUGCACACACAGAGGAGCCAGGUGAAUAAACUCUAUCACAGGAGCCCUCAGAAAAAGUUGAGUCCUACAAAGAUUUUUAUACUUCAAAUAUUGGACUGUUUACAAACCAGAGUUGUGUUUUUCACUACCGAAUUUGGAGGCGCUGGAAUCGCCGUGUGAAAUCACUAAUGCUAAUCAGUAGCAUGUACAGUUUAAGAACAACAUUUGUCAACGAGCUAUUGCAAGGAAUUUAGGGAUUUCACCAUCUAAGGUCCGUAAUAUCAUCAAAAGGUUCAGAGAAUCUGGAGAAAUAACUGCACGUCGAAAACCAACACUGAAUGUCCGUGACCUUUGAUCCCUCAGGCAUCAAAAAGCGACAUCAGUGUGUAAAGGAUAUCACCACAUGGGCUCAGGAACACUUCAGAAAACCACUGUCGGUAACUACAGUUGGUCGCUACAUCUGUAAGUGCAAGUUAAAACUCUACUAUGCAAAGCGAAAGCCAAUCAUCGACAACACCCAGAAACGCCGCCGGCUUCGCUGCAGCUCAUCUAAGAUGGACUGAUGCAAAGUGGAAUAGUGUUCUGUAUUCGAGUCCACAUUUCACAUUGUUUUUGGAAACUGUGGACGUCGUGUAAUAGGCGCAAAGUGUAAAAGCCAGCAUCUGUGAUGGUACGGGGGUGUAUUAAUGCCCAAGGCAUGGGUAACUUACACAUCUGUGAAGGCGCCAUUAAUGCUGAAAGGUGCACAGAGGUUUUGGAGCAACAUAUGUUGCCAUCCAAGCAACGUUACCAUGGACGCCCCUGCUUAUUUCAGCAGGACAAUGCCAAGCCAUGUGUUACAACAGCAUGGCUUCAUAGUAAAAGAGUGCGGGUACUAGCUGUACUUAAGCUGUACAUCAAGCAAGAAUGGGAAAUAAUUCCACCUGAAAAGCUACAAAAAUUGGUCUCCUCAGUUCCCAAACGUUUACUGAGUGUUAUUAAAAGGAAAUGCCCCUGUGUCAACUUUUUGGCAAUGUGUUGCUGCCAUUAAAUUGUAAGGUAAUGAUUAUUUGCAAAAAAAACAAGUUUCUCAGUUGGAACAUUAAAAUAUCUUGUCUUUGCAGUCUAUUCAAUUGAAUAUAGGUUGAAAAGGAUUUGCACAUCAUUGUAUUCUGUUUUUAUUUACCAUUUACACAACGUGCCAACUUCACUGGGUUUGGGUUUUGCAGAAUCUGAGCCAUGUUUAUUUCGGGUAAAGACUGCGGCACGUGUGACGUCAUGACGUCUCGCGUGCGGGUCAGACUACGUUCACAUUAGAUUUCGCAUUGUCUUGUAAUGUGAACAAUUCAUUCAAAAGAUCGCAUUUGACACCCAAAAAUUGGACAUCCUGCCCUGCAGUUUCCAUGCACACUGCCCCCUGGUGUACGGCACUCUUACUACAAGUUAUGGUAAAUGGUAAAUGGGUUGUACUUGUAUAGCGCUUUUCUACCUUUUUAAGGAACUCAAAGCGCUUUGACACUAUUUCCACAUUCACACACUGAUGGUCGUUAUGUAGGCGCAAGGACGGCAAAAUAUACUUGUGGCGGUAAACACUGGAUCCUAUCACAUUCCAGCCAUGCUUCCAAAGGGAUUCUUUGAAACAGAGCGCAUGUGAGGAGUAAAAAAAAUAAAUAAAUAAAUAAAAAGUGAAGCUGGAGGAAGUCGUCUGUGUGGAGGUGGAAAACAUCUGCCCGCCAACAGUGUCAUGGACGCACGCCAAGUAAUGGGAACGCUGUCGCCGGAAAGACUGGGAAGGAUUUCUUAAAGUCAAGCAGCUCAAGAGGUUGAAGUUCUCCCUUAAUGGGACAGAAAAAACUGCAAAGGGGAGCGGAGGUACUCAGACACAAUGUUGAAAUGUUGACGUUUCCUGUUGUUUUAGUCAACAGUGAGCCCACCCAGCCUGUGUGUGUGUGUGUAUGUAGGUGUGUGUGUGUAGGUGUCAGCCCCCUUCUUGCCCCGAUAGCGACACUUUAGGGGCAACAGACCACCUCCCAAGCAGGGUGGCAUCCAGGGGCCGUGCAAAUGAGAAGAGGAGGAGCUCUGCUUCAUCCCAGAUCUGUCCCACUUUGCUGCAUGCCAUGACUCAAGCACAAAACAUCCAGUGGUGACACCAAGUGGUCUUAAUAUCUCCCAUUUCAUCCUUUUUCUUGAAGAUUCCAUGGAUCCAUGCAUGAGGUCUAGCUGGUGGCCACCUGCUGGUCCUCAGGGACGGAUUAACCAAAAAUGUACUGUGGAAGCAGUUUGUAACGAUACCAAUAUUUUGGUACCGGUACUAAAAUUAUUUCGGUACUUUU